UUCCUGAACGCAGCAGACAGUUGUCGUCACAGCGUCAAGAUGGUGAAAUUCGGGCUGCAGUUUAAAGCCACUCUGGAAAAUGUGACGAACGUGAGGCCGAUGGGGGAAGACUUCCGCUGGUUUCUAAAGCUGAAGUGUGGAAACUGUGGUGAGAUCCCUGAUAAAUGGCAGUAUGUGACUCUAAUGGAGAACGUUCCUCUGAAAGGAGGCAGGGGCAGCGCCAGCAUGGUGCAGAAAUGCAAACUGUGUGCGAGGGAGAAUUCAAUCGAUAUCCUGAGAGAAACCAUCACCCCUUAUAAUGCGGCGGACAACGAAACCUUUAAAACGAUGGUUCAAUUUGAGUGCCGGGGCCUGGAGCCGGUUGAUUUCCAACCACAGGCCGGCUUCGCUGCAGAAGGAGCAGAGACAGGAACGCUGUUUCCUGAGGUCAACCUGCUAGAAAAAGACUGGACAGACUACGACGAGAAGGCUAAGGAGUCUGUGGGAGUCUAUGAGGUCACACACCGAUUCAUCAAGUGUUGAAGUCUUGAGACGAGGAGCCUUUGAGCUGGAUGGAUGGGACACUACAGUCAGAUAAACCUCAGUUCUGAGUUCUGCCCUGCAGGAGGCUAUGCUCCCUGAGGCGGUGUGGUUUGAUUCAUGAUGAGCAACAAGAGGUGUUUGUAAACACAAUGAGCUAUUCCUUGUUUCUUGGAUUGAUCGUUAUGCUCAGUAGGCCUGACCUUUGAGCAUUGUCAUAAUAAAAGUGAAGAUGGAAGUUCAGGCGCUUGCUUUUU